AAACAAAUUUAUGAACUUUAAUAUUCUGAUUGUGAUGCACGUUUCAAUGACUGGUAGGGGAAAGGGCCUACUUGGGGUCAACUUAAAAAAAAAAAAAAGAGUAAGAAUUCAGAGCAGCCAUUAUAAAAGUGGUUUUACUGGCAGCAGCCGGGGUGCAGAAGGCAUCACACCCGCAGAUAGUGUCAGCUGUUGCUGUUGCCAUCCGGCCCUGUUGAAGGAGCUGAACUGCAGUGACUCGCGUAUUUCGGGGCGUGCUCAUCUGUAGCAGCGUGCGGUGAGAGAGCGGGUUUGUGCGCCUCUGCUGUGGGAACGCCAAGAUGAGGUCUUGAAGCCCCUCUGCACGCAUCGCCAUGCUGAGGGACCCAUUGAGAGAGUUUCGCAGCGUUAGUCAUCGUUACGGCCAUCCGCAGUGUGUGUAGCGGUCGCUUCUGCUGCGCCUCCUGUACCCGAGAUCCACAACGCGGGCAUGGUCGCACGCCGGUGGCGUCCGUAGCGGAGGGCCGGUGCUCGCCCCGGUGGUUCAGGCUGUUUGCGCAGGACGUGGCGGGCCGACGCCAGUGACCGGGCAGGUGAUGUUUGCUCACGUCAGCCGCUCGCAUUUGAUGAGGAGCGCAGGGGACGCGGCUGGAGGGUUCGCGCUACUGUUGCAACGCCUCACCGGAUAACUGCUGCUAUCUGGCCCUGUCCGUCUGUAUCUCCUCCUUUCUUUCUCCGGAGGUUUUUUUUUUUUAUUUGUGGCUUUUUUUUUUUCCUCGCUCACGGACCAGCGGAACUAUUUCAAAUCGAAAAGACGGGCUACGGGAUUUUAGGUGCGUGUGCGUGGAGUGCGCAUCAUUUCUUGUGAUUCCCCCUGUACGCGCAAGAGAGGCAAUGCGCCCACCCAUGCGAUGCUAGCCUAUUAGCUGAAGAGAAAGGCAGAGAGAAAGAGAGAAAGAGAGAGAGAGAGAGAUGUUUCCGUCCUGGAUCUGAGAGGAGGCUAAUUUACGAGUCUCGUUUUGCCUUUCAGGGAAAAAGGGGGAGAUAAGAAGGGGAGGUUGGUCGGUGAAGGAGAAUGCAGCAAUCACAUUUUUAAGCAUGCAGAAGCGAGCCGUUUCCGGUUCCUAGGCUGCCGUAUCCCCCCCAUCCGACGCCCGCAGCCGUAUGGGGAAAGCAGAGGCAGACACAGAUGGCAUGGACACUUCCACGACGUCUGCCACUCUGCCCUGCCUGCUCUGCCGGAGCCCGUUCACCGCCGUCUCUCUCUUCCAGCUCGCUCCGCCGCCCAGCAGCACUGCAGCACAGCACAGGCUGACGGCAUGAGGCUUGAUCCAGUGCAUUUCUCCAUGCUGGUCAUCGGGGUCUCCUUCGCCUGUUACGCCCCGAGUCUCAACUCCCUCCAGGACCAGGCGUACAGAUCGGCCGUGGUCAUCGAGGGCGAGGUGCGCUCCUCCCCGGAGAACGUCUCCUCCAGCGAGCCCUACAGCGUGAAUGUCAGAGUGCUGGAUGUGUGGCCCGUCAACAGCGGCGGCCUCGAGAGGGAGCAGCUCGUGACCGUCGGGGACUUCGGCUCCGAAGCCCCCUGCACCACCGUGGAGAAGGACCACAGGUACAUCUUUUUCAUGGACCCGACCGCCGAGCCCCUGGUAUUCAAGGCAUCCUACGCCCCCGUGGACGCCAGCGAGCCGGAACUGAAGAAGGAUGUGGAGAGAGUGCUGUGCGAGGACUGCGCGUCUGCUCCAAAGCUGAGGCCGAUGCGAGGACAGUCUCUGAUGGAAGGGGAGAAGAUGUACUUGAAGUGUGAGGCGUCGGGAAACCCCAGCCCUUCCUUCCGCUGGUACAAAGAUGGACACGAGCUUCAGAAAGGCAGAGACCUCAAAAUAAAAACCAACAAAAAAAAUUCAAAGGUGCAGAUCGGUCGUGUUCGUGUAGAAGACUCAGGCAACUACACGUGCGUGGCUGAAAACUCUCUAGGACAAGAAAACGCCACGACUAUAAUCACCGUGCAGAUCUUGACCACCACUACCCCAUCUCCAGGUGUGAGUCAUGUGAGGCGCUGCAAUGAUUCAGAAAAGGCCUACUGCGCAAAUGGAGGCGACUGUUACUUUAUACAUGGUAUUAACCAGCUGUCCUGCAAGUGUCCCAAUGAGUAUAAGGGGGACCGCUGUCAAAACUCCGUCUUGGCCGGUUUCUACAAAAUGAGGUCUAUUAAAUAUAGCAAGCUUCUCAAAAUUGAACUUAUGGAGAAAGAGGAGUUCUACCAGAGGCAGGUGCUGACGAUCACAGGCAUCUGUGUGGCCUUGUUAGUGGUUGGCAUCGUUUGUGUGGUGGCCUACUGCAAAACCAAGAAGCGGAGGAAUCAGAUGCAGAAUCACCUACAUCAAAACCAGAAUCAGUUUGUGGAGCAGCCAAACCGCAUGUUGGCUAAUGGGCCAAACCACCCUGGGCCCGGUCCUGAGGAGAUCCCCAUGGUUGAUUACAUCUCAAAGAGCGUCCCUACGACAGAGUGUGUGAUCAGCCAUGGAGCUGAGGGGGCAGGCAACUAUGCAGGCAGUCGAAUAUCAACCCGCUCCCACCACUCCACCACUGCCUCACAUGCUUCCAGACACGAGGAGCAGACGUGGAGCAUGGAGCGAACAGACAGUGUAAACUCAGACUGCCAGUCCGGUGGGCUCUCCAGCUCUGUGGGAACCAGUAAAUGCAGCAGCCCAGCAUGCAUGGCGAGGAGGGCAGCCAACUAUGGUUGCACGGACGUGUCGGGAAUGGGGAUGCAGUAUGGGGACUCUUAUGACUCUCUAAGAGACUCGCCUCACAGUGACAGGUACGUGUCAGCGCUGACCACGCCAGCACGGCUGUCUCCUGUGGAGUUUCACUACCCCCCUCUGCCACCCCAGGUGCCCACCUUCCAGAUCACCUCACCCAACACAAGCCACGCCCUCUCCCUCCCCCCUGCUGCUGCGGCCUACCACAGAGACGAUGACCAACCGCUGCUAAGAUGUCCCGAAGAUGGAAGUUUAUACAGACAGCCCCGACGACCUCGACGACCAUACCUGACGGAGAGCACAGGAAGUCUACCGUCUAGUCCCUACCACCUCCCCGAUGACGAAGCUUAUGAGACGACACAAGAGUACGCCUCCUCAAGAGAACCGAUUCGGAGCCGGCGGCGCCCCCGACGCAACCGCCUCAACGGACACACGUCCCAGCGUUCGGCGGGCUACCGGGACUACAGCUCGCAGAGCUUCAGUCAAUCAGACGAGGAGGAGGAAGAGGACGAGGACGGUCACGGAGAAAGCACGCCUUUCCUUAGUAUGCAGAACAUGAACAUGGACCUGCCGCUAUCAGGCUCGGGUUACCGCUCUUCUUCUGGCGCUGACACACGGACUCACCGCGGGCUGAGUCGGCCGGGCGUGCGCAGCAACGGGCAGAGCCGUAGCUCCCAGUCACAGCGCUCCAAGGCCGACAUGCCCCUUUAAGACUGGACCUCCUGACGCCCACCCAUACACCCCCUGUCCCGCCCCGCCACGCCCCACCACCUCACACUUCCUCCCUUCCUUCACAGAACCAGUGGACUAGAGACCUGCACCUAGGAGAAAUAUUUUUAUUUUGUAUAACAGACAGAUAUUCUAAACAAAUGAAAUAUUUAUUUUCAUUUCAGCAAAAAUUGUCUACUAGCUAACAGCAAAGACUUUUUUUAUAACGGGGGGAUAUUUAUAUGUAAAGUUUUUUGAUUUACAGCAUUAUGAGAGAUGAAAAAAGGAGAAUUACGUGCCAAUUUUUUCACAAGUUAGAUAAAUAGAAUAAUAUUGUGGUGCCUUUUGCUGUAUGCUGAAGUCGGAGGUCCCGUUGAGUUUUUGUAGCUUUUCUUAUAAAGACUCCUCAUUUUUAUAGAGACCAACCCUCUUCCUUCCUAUUGCUUUGGUUUGGUUUGUUCUUUUUUUGUUUACUUUUUUUUUGUUUGUUUGUUUUUUGCUCUGAUUUGGGAUCUUCCUCUUUUUGAACUGUGAUCUGAUUAUGUCAUCAUGCAAUAUUGAUUCCUUCUGUGUAAAAGGUGUCUGUUUACAUGAGUUUGACCCACGCGAUGGUACAGCCGGUUGUGUAGGGUAGAUUCCUCUGAUGAACACGCAUCUGUCAUUAAUGUCCUCGUCUGCUGCCCGUCAGUCAUUUUCUUGUAGUUUCUGUGGAAAGAAGGGCGUUCAGGUGUUGUAGAGGGACUGCGACCUCAGAUCUUCGUGUAGGUGUUCACGGUGCUGUCAUUACAUUAGUACGAAUGAGCGCGUGUGUGUGUGAGAUUUCACAAAGCCUGGUUUGGUCAGCGCCUGCGUUCACCUCGGCGGUCGUGGCCCCUCAGCCGACGUGUCUGCCGGUCGCCACGCUGCCGGAAGCUCCACUGCACUGUAAGCACCUCUCUCCGCGAGCAGCCGCCGGUCAGGGAGCCACCGACCCAAACUGAACUCGACCAGUCCAGUUGUAAUCCAGCCUGACUCUGGCCUCCCGUGGACUGCCUGGCCCCGCCCGUUUCCUAUGCCAGCAGCUUAGAGCCGCACUGUGUCUCAGGACUUCCCCAUCGCAUCACAGCCGAACGACUCGCAGCAGACAGAGCCUGUCAUCUCAGUUGCAGAUCAGUCCACAGGGCCAGAUCCAUAUCUCUCCCACCCCGAUCACUUCUGUUGUGUUAAGAGAAAAAAAAAAAUAUCAUGGCCACGGGUUUAGGAUGCUGAAGCUUGGAAUAGGACUGGGAAUUCACCAAACUUUCUUUUUUAGAUUUAAAAAGUUGUAUGUACGCAAGAGAGCAUGUUCGUAGAUGCGUGUGGUCCAAAAUGUUAAAGGUGAAGCUGGAAGCUAGCGCUGUGUUGAGGGCGCAGAGGGUAGCCUUGCUAAUUCUGCCUCACGCUAACCCCGCACUGAGGAGAGGACAUCCUGCUGGGUACUCAGCCCGGACAAAUUAGAAUAUCAUCAAAAUUUUUAUUCCUCUAAUUCAGCUCAAAAAGGGAAACUCAUAUAAUAUAUACAGAUUCGUCACACACAAAGUGAUAUAAUUCAAGCAUUUAUGAAUUUUGAUGAUUGUAGCUCACAAUAAAAGCCCAAAAUGUGGUUUCUCUGAAAAUUUGAAUAUCACAGAAGACCAACCAAAUAGAUUUAUUCAUUAACAUCUCUUAAGCUGUUGGCGUUUCCUGUCUCUCCAUGUGCGCCAGAAUAUUGAAAAAUCUGUUAUGUUUGUUUUAAACGGAGGAAAUGAACGUCAUUUUGUGGAGCUCUUUGAGAUUCACUUCGGCUCUGAAUGUUGGAUUGGGAUCAAGGGUGUGGAAUCCACAGUGUUUUUCUUUGUCAGAGCGGAGGAACUUGCCUCGUUUUGACAUCAUCAUCUCCUCAUAUCUAGGAAUUAAUGCUCUAUAAGUAAUUAUUGGCCCAAUUAAUCGGAAAGUAGGGCAAGCCUUCAGUUUCAAGCAUCCGGAAAGUCAUUUCUGUGAUAUUUGAGUCACAUUUGUGUUGUUUCUGUAACAGUGCUGCACAUGAAGUAUGAAAGUACGCAACAUACUGCACGUUUUUGGCAAGUCCAACGAAAUCCAUGGCAGCCUAGAUUAGUUGUGGAUCAACUUGUGUGUGUUACAGGGCCAUGCAAUGUGAUGCAGGAGCUUUAUUUUACCAAGGCCUCAUGUCUUCCUAUGCCAUUAAAAUGAAAGGCAGAUACACAAAUGUGUAAUGGCAGUAUAUUGUUAUGGCCUUCACAAUGAAGGGGAGAACAGCUAACAGUUGUCCUGCAGUGACCAUUAAUGACAGCCUCCACGAGGUGGGUAGGUUAUAAAAGGUCAUUUCUAAAGAAACUGGCUGUUUACAGAAUGCUGUAUACAUGCCUAUUAUAUGGAAGGUUGAGUCACAGGAAGAAGUGUGGUAGAAGAAAGGUGCACAAACAACAAGGAUAAGCACAACCUUGAGAGGACUGUGAGCAACACUCUCACACAAGGCGCAGACUGCAGCUUGUGUGUUGUGGCUUCAAGAGUCACUAAACACAGACUUAUACAAACGAGGGCAGCAGGGGUUGCAUUCCUUCUGUUAGGCCACAUCUCAACCAGAGAACAUCAGGAGCGUCUUACCUGGGCUGGGAAGGAAAGGGCUGCAGUGUCGCUCCGAGGUCCAAAGUCCUCUUAUUAGAUGAAAGUAAGCGUAGCAUACCAGUUGGAAGUCAAGGUUUCAGAGGCUGGAGAAGGAGCGGAGAGGCUCACACUCCAUGUUGUUUGGGGUCAAGUAUGACGUUUCCACAGUCGGUGGUCAUUUGGGGGAGCCAUGUCAUCUGCUGGUUCUGGUCCACUGGGUUUCCUGAAGUACAUAGUCGAAUGGUUCAGAGUCAUGAUGUUGUGUUUUAUGAAGUCCAGUCAGUGCAGAAUGUCUCCUAUUUUCACUCAUUUUCAAGCAGGACUCAGCACCGGCCCACACCACCAAUAGUACCAACACCUGUUUUAAUGACCAUUAAACUCUCCUGACCUGAACCCCACAGGGAAUCUGUGGAGUAUCAUCAGGGAGGAAGACGAGAGACACCAGAGUCAAGCUGAAGGCUGCUACUAAAGCAAGCUGGGUUUCAAUUACACCUCACCAGUGCUAUAGCUGAUCACCUCCAUUACGCCCUGCCUUGAUCCAGAAAUUCAUGAAAAGGAAGUCAAGUAUUAAGUACAUUUACUGUGCAGUGAAUGGACAUACUUUUCAGUAACCUAGUAUUUCUGAAUUCAUUUUUUUUUUGUCAUGUCAUAUUCACAUUUUCUGAGAAACUGAAAUUUGGUUUGUCAUUAGCUAUUAGCCGUGAGCAUCAAAAUGAACAGAAAUAAAUGCUUGGACUACAUCACUCUGAUGAAUCCAUACGCUACGCGAGUUUCGCUUAUUAAAUCAAACUACAUUCAGUGACGUACAAGUAUUUCCCGAUGCACCUGAAUUAGUUUAUCUUUUAGAAGAAGAAAAAAAAAAACGGCCUCGUGUUUCAUCGCACUAGUGACGGCAAAGCUUGGACGUGAAUUCAGAGGCGGCAGAGCACACUUUGGUGGCGGUGUGUGAUAAUCCAGGUUAACACGUCCUCGGUCGUCAUUCUGACAUUUUGAUCGCCUGAGCUACUUUUGCUUCGUCAUAGGGACCGAGUGGUCCGUCUCUGUGUUUCCUCGUCUGCCACUUCGCCUUCAUGUCUUCCUCUCACCCUCUUUGGACCUUCCGAAGCAACCAGCAGAGGAAUUAAAACCCUCGUCUGGAGUACACCGAGCAGCACACUCACAUUAGGCUGAUCAAAACUCUUCCGCCUGAGUUCUCUGGAGACUGUUUGAGGGGGGGGGGAGGGGAGAUGUCACUGUGUCAGCUAGAACUUGAUUCCCUGUUUAGGUUCGUAUUCUUUUCUUCCACAGACAAUGCAUGGAUCAGAGAUAUAGAGAGUAUCUUAAAGAUGGUGACGAAUCCCAAUAGAGACGUAUUAUUUGGGUACUUUCCCCCCAAAGUUCUGCCUAGUUCUCUCGUAUUGUCACUGUAAUCAAUCUGGGAUUUACGAUGUGGAAAAUCUGCCAGUGAGGAUAGUGUGCUUCUAGAGCUAGUCGAAUUGUUGAACAAAACCCCCACCCUCUUUCUCCUCACCCCACACUCCCCACCCACCUGCUGCAUACACACAUAGAUGUCACUCAUUCACACACUGGCACACUCACACUCAAACGUCGACACGCACACACAAAGACACGCACACACACACACACACACACACAGCCCUUCAAUGUUUGUUUGUCAAGCAGUUUGUCUUUUUUACCUGCCAAGUCCCUCUCUUCUCCUUCUUCCCCUCUCCCCCACUUCCAGCCCCCCCCCCCCCCCCCCCUCCUUUUUUCUCCUCCCUGCCUCCCAAAUCCCCUGCAUGUCCUAGUGGUACUGGUAGUUGGGUGCAUGGAAAAAGCAGCAAGCAAAUUGUUUUUCCACUCAGUUAAAAAAAAAAAGAAUAUUAAUAAUAAAUGAGUAAAAAAAAUGUGUCAUCAUUUUAAACAUCCAGCAAUAAAUCCCCCUUCUCUUUCAUGUCCAUCGUUCUUGGAAUAUGCUAGGUAAUUUUUUGCAAGUUUUAUCAAAAACAUACUACUUGUGAAAGAAGAAAAAUCCAAAACCACCCAUUCAUAUGGAAAAUAAAAACUUUAUUCCUACUA